AUGCAGAAGGAGAAGCAGGACUUCAAUGAGAUCUUUGCUCCCACUGCCAAACCCCCUACCCUCCGUGUCUUGUUGGCAGAUGCAGCCGUUAGUGGGAAAUUCAUCAUUCACAUGGAUAUAUCAACGGCAUUCCUCAAUGGGAUUUUAGAGGAGGAUGUGUACAUGACGCAGCCGCCUGGGUAUGAGGAUGGUACGGGCAGGGUGUGCAAGCUGAAAAAGUCCAUCUACGGCUUGAAGCAGGCGCCACGCUGCUGGUACCAGAAGCUGGCAGCUGUUUUAGAGGAGGUGGGAUUCAGGACCAGCAGCUGUGAUGAGAGCCUCUUUUUCAAGGGGGAGGGGGAGAAGCUGGUGCUGUUUCUGGUCUGCGUGGACGACAUUCUUCUCUUCAGCAGCAGCAUGAAGGAGAUCCAGAACGUGCAGCAGCAGCUGAUGAAGAACUUCAAGUGCAAGACCCUUGGGGAGGUAAAGUACUACCUCGGGAUGCACGUGGAGAGGGAUCUGGAUCACAGGUGGUUGAAGCUGCACCAGGAAAAGUUCAUCAAGGAGCUGGGGGAGAAGUAUGGGAUUGAGAAUGAGCGCAAGGUUGCAACUCCCCUGCCAGCAGAAUUCAAGCUUGUGAAGGCAGGAGAGGAUGAAGGGGUUGAGGCCGAGGAGCAGCAGCAAUUUCAGUCCUUGGUGGGCAGCCUCUUGUAUGCAGCAGUUCACACAAGGCCCGACAUCUCUUUCUCGGUUGGGCAGCUGGCUAGGGUGGUGCAGAAUCCAUCAGAGGAGCAGGUGGAUGCAGCUGAGCGUGAAGCAGAAAGGGGUUGA